AGGAAAGGACAGAAAAUGAUGAGCCACCUACUCCAUCGUCGGAACCUCUGCACAAGGGGAGGACCUGCUGCGCUGUUGCUCUUCCUAGCGCAGGGAUCCGCUGACACAACUGCUCUUCGUCCGACGUUUACGCAGUUCACGUCAGAAGAUUACAACGCUCUUCAGGAGCUGCACCACAACAGAGAUGACGGCCACGAGCAGGCGCAACAACAUCAAUACGAACAAAAAAGAGUGCAAGAACAAUAUUACAACUACUCAAGGAGUGACUCCCGCUUCCGCAGGUCGAUCAGCGCGUCUUCUACUCAAGAAGCCUGCUCCAACAGCGUUUCGAAUCAAGAUCAGCCUUCACUUGCAACAUCCAUUUCAUCGAGCUCACUGCAGCUACCGUGGGAGUCGUCCUCUUGUUCUGCAUGUCCUUCUCGUGGACCUGAACGCAACUCGCCUCAGCACGGAUCGCCGUUGCCCUCGCGGCCACAUGGAGGAUGUGAACAUGAUCAACAUCCUGGUGCUACUUUUUACCCAGUGUGGACUGGGACGCCUGUUGUAGUUUCUGCUCCUCAUGGAAGUUCUCCGGGGCGGCUUCCUCCUGAUGGUACUGCUGGGGGUGCAAUGCCCGUGCUAUAUUCUUGUCCAGUACCUUUUGCAGUACCUCAUGUAGCAUGUUGUGCAGUACCUGUUGGAGCAUGUUGCGCUUCACCGGGAAACUUUGUUCCUCCUAACGCUGGUUUUGUUCUCUUUUCUACUUCGUAUCCAUGCAAUCACUUCGUGCCCUCCACAGCACCUCCUGCAGGUGGACAAGAACAAGGUCCCGCAGGAGCGGCAGAUGAUCUCCACAAGAAAAAUAGAAGUGGAGUUACAGCGCAGCAGCAGCCACUUUUCUACAAUGAGGCGAGGGCUCAUAUUGCUGCCGGCAGAAUUCCAUCGCAAUCCUACGUGAUGAAGUGUUCUGAUGGAGCGAUCCCACCUCCUGCAAGCAACGGGACCCUGCGUCUGCCCGUGCCAAAUGAUAGUACUAGAAAACUACCGGGCAAAGAAUCUACGAAAGACAAACCUUACGCGGCCGACAGCCUGGACACCAAAAGCGGAGCGGCUCCGCAUCCUCAGGCUCCACAUCCCCAUCCACAACAGAGAAGAGUGGGGAAGGAGAAGAGGGCCCCACCUCAAGCAAAAGAAGCAGGACAGUCACCACUACAACAGCAAGAGGACCAUCGUUCAGCACACGAGCUGGAGAGUCUCUCCAAUCUUCGUAUGAGCGAAGACGAAAAAGCUAAGGUUAGGGAACAUAAGGAAGGUCUGAAAUGGGGCUGGAGGGACGUUGUGCUUCCUGUGGUCCCAAACGCGGCGAGUCGCGUACUCGGUCGUGAGUCCUGGUCCCAACUUACCAGAGACGAGGUGGCGGCUCUGCGGAGAUAUUUUACUCCCGGACGAGUAGACGUGGUUGCGCGUCUUUCAUCAGAUGCAGGAUAUCCGAAGUCCUAUGAGGACUUCAAUAAGCUGUUUGACGGCCGGUGGAAGACAGUCUCAUACGCAGUCAGAAGAUUGGAUCAGCUAGUCGACGCCUUGUUGAUCUCCGCUGUUCCGCUGGCCAUGCGAAAAGAACAGGAACAGCAGGGGGCUGUGGAGUUCCAGCCCUAUGCCCAGUUUCAGACUAAACUGCGCGAACAGGGAAAAAAAUCCGAAAAGUAUUUUUUCAUGUUGGAUUACUUUCGGAAGUUUGUGGAGCGAAGUAAAUCCUGGACAGGCAAAUACGCGAACGACCCUGCUUCGUUGCAGCUCAUACAGAGCCUCAACUGGAAAAACAAACGCGGGAUGACGCGAUUGGAGUACACCGUGAACUUCUUGGAUGAGGAUAUUAUGCAAGAACUCUACCACAACGACGCCACGCGUGUCGGACACGACGCCAGACCUGAGAGAAUCUCGUGAAGUGUAAGAGGUGCGUGAAGAGUAGAGCAACCAGCUGCAAAUCUUCAUCUUUAACAAUAAGCUCGUGAGGAGGUCGUGCACCGACGGCGGUGCUCUAAGGAAAUAAUUUCUCAGCCAUGGAUCUUGAAAAACUACAUCAACUUCAGCGGGGCCUUGUUUUACCUCUGACAAAGUCGGCCGGCAAUAGUCUUUGUUUUUAGAAUUUGUUUUUCACUUUCUUCGUAACUUGAAAGUUUUCAAACGUAACAAAUAUUUAGAAAUUGUUUCAUGUUAUUCUUGCACUUAAACGUUAUGAUCGUGCACUAUCUUUGAGACCGGCCAUUGUUCCCCUUUGCAACCAUCUCUCCCGAGACACUACCUUGUACUAGGUAAAUGAGUGAAUGAGUGAAGUGUCACUGGUGGAGUUUUUAGUCGAGCUAAAGAAAAACGACUUCAAACAUGAAGCUGAUGAUUUUUUCACCUGAUCAACCCUCUAUUUGUCAU